AUGACCAGAGUCUGGGGCUUGGACAUGAGCUCCCAAGAGACCCCACAAGCUCGGAGAUUUCCCAUAGAGGCAGGAGAUUCUCCCAGCCUGGCGACUGCCCCUGAUACCCAGGAGCCGGUUGCCCCUGAGCGCACUGCAACGAGGUAAGGACCGGUGAGGCAGCUGCGAAGAUGUCCAGGGUGCCACUGCCUGACCCUGCCCAACGUUCCCAUUGACGUCUACAUUGCCAUGGGUGGGAGCCAAAGGCCACGAACAACCUGA